GGGGGCGGCUGCUGCUCUUCUUCGGGUUCUGUCACGGUGUCGGCGGUGCCCAGCUCACCGGCCCCCUCCCCCUUCCGGCCAGCGUGGUCGCCACAGAGGCUCUGUGAGCCCUGCUCUGCCGGGUCCACAGCGGGUCGCGGGUGUUCGGCGGCGGCGGCAGCGAGCCCGUGGGCAGUGGGGGUUGGUCCCGUGGCUCCGGCCCCCGGUGCAGAAUGGCGACGGCGGUUCGGAUGAACAUCCAGAUGCUGCUGGAGGCGGCUGACUACCUGGAGCGGCGGGAGAGAGUGAAAUAUAGGUAAAAUGUAAAAAGGAAAUACUGUAGAGAAGAGAGAGUAUUGAAUGUUCCAGGCUCAUUCAUUAACUGGAUCCUCCGGUUUUCUAGAAGCUGAACAUGGUUAUGCCUCCAUGUUACCAUACAAUAACAAGGACAGAGAUGCCUUCAAACGGAGGAACAAAUCUAAGAAGAACAACAGCAGUAGCAGAUCAACUCACAAUGAAAUGGAGAAGAAUCGACGGGCCCAACUUCGCUUGUGCCUGGAGAAGUUGAAGGGGCUAGUGCCGCUCGGGCCUGAAUCAAAUCGACACACUACAUUGAGUUUAUUAACAACAGCCAAAUUGCACAUAAAGAAACUUGAAGAUUGUGACAGGAAAGCCAUUCACCAAAUAGACAAGCUUCAGCGAGAGCAGCGGCACCUGAAGAGGCAGCUGGAGAAGCUGGGCAUCGAGAGGAUACGAAUGGACAGCAUCGGCUCCACGGUCUCAUCCGAGCGCUCCGACUCCGACAGGGAAGAAAUCGAUGUGGAUGUUGAAAGCACAGACGAUCUCACGGGCGAGUUGGACUGGAGCAGCAGCAGCGUGAGUGAUUCUGACGAGCGGGGAAGCAUGCAGAGCCUCGGCAGUGACGAGGGCUACUCCAGCGCCAGCAUCAAGAGAAUAAAGCUCCAGGACAAUCGCAAGACGUGCCUCGGGCUAUAAGAGAGAGGUCGCUGCGGCUGCCCCUGGUCUCCUGUCGGCUCCGAGUAGGUAGUGUACUGGACCUGCCCACGGUUCCCUUGCACGUCAACUUCCGUGUACCACCUUCACCACAUCAGCUCUGUAAACGUUUGCAAGGAGUGCUUAGGAUUUCAUCCACUAGCUUCUCUUUCUCUCCACAAAAAUUUGUCUGAGAGACUGUACAUUCCAAUCAAUUUGAAGCACCCAAGAAUUCUUAGACCGAAUAAGCAAUUUUCACAUCUCAGCAGUUUCCCCUCUUAUUUACUGUCCCCACGUAGCCUACCAGACCUUGCUUAACGUUUUCUGGCUUACUGUGUUACUUGCCUAGCAGAAAUGUAUGACUGUGUCUUGUGCUUAGGAAUUGAAGGAAACAAGCUUCAAAGUUGAGAGCCUGACCUCAGAACUCCAAAGUCGGCUUUGACAGUGGCAUUUAAGAGCACUUACCCACAGACCUCUCCCCAGGGAGGAGGCAGGAAUACCUCCAGGGGACACCCGCACCCCGUGCUCAGUCCCAGAACCCCGUGCGGAUGGGCGUCUGUCUCUCUGAAGUGGACACCUGGAGAGUAUGGCUUUGGGGUUGCACAGCUCAUCAAAGUUCCAAUAUUGUUUGUUCUCACAAACAAAAUAGCACCGUCUAUUUUUGUGAUGUUUUUGGGGCUGCGCUGUGUACUGCUAUCCCCAAUGCGCAUUCUUCUCCAAGUUUGUUAUGCUACUUGUCUCUGGAACAUUUUUUUUUCCUACCUCAGAGAUAAAUUAGAUCUCCAUUUCCCACUUAACACAAAGUGAUUAUGCCUCUUUCCCCCCAGAAUAAGUGACAUUUGGUCCAAUUCUAAUCUAUUUUCCUAUUUAACUUUCAGCAAUAACUGAGCUUUGACACUAGCUGAGCUAGUGCCUACCACCAGUGAAAGGAAAGUCCACGUUUCUGCUCUGUGUUGCAGGGGAACAGGAGGGGCUGGUACGUGUUACUAGAAUCCCUCGUUAUUUUUGGACUCACCCGGAACUUCUUCAUGAAGGCUUUUGGGUUGAUAGUUUAAAAGGCUGAUUUUUUCUUCUUGGUUAUGAUUUCUCCCUUACGUGGUCUCCCACUUUGUAGCAUUUUUAUUUAAGCUAAAACAGAGCACAUGUAUAUGUACAUAAGACACAUUAAAUCUAUAAAGACUAUUUAUUCAUUUUAUAUAAACUAAUGUAAUGGAAAAUAAAUUCUUAUGACUUUGUGCUUUUAUAGAUGUCCUAGAAACUUUGUAUGUAGGUAUCUACAAAUUGGUUCAUUCCCCUUAAUAUUUUUGCAUUCAUAUUUUUGAGGUCUUGAUAUUUUCAGCCUCUGGCGAAUCUUUUCCAUUGAAUUUAAACCAUUUGUAAAGUCUGUGACGCUGAAACAGAGUGUAUGUCACAAAGUGAUAAGAACAUUCCUAAAACCCACAGACGCACUGCAACCUAAGGGCUCAACAGCUGAACCAGCGCGGGGCCAGCCGUGCCCGCGCUGGCCUGCGGUCUCUAGCGUGCCACAGCCUCACCACUCCACCUCCACACAACCAAGUGUUCAAACACACUCUGCACAGCAGCUCAUUCUAGACAUGAGAGCAAUGUAAACAGAGCAAGAUUACUUUUGUGUUUUCUCAAUUAAUGAUUAAAAAAUUUUUUAAUUGGAAGCAGUGGAUUGCUAAAUGAUCCCAAAGUCAUGUAUAACUCUCCUGUGUUUAUUUUGUUCUGGUUUUUCCUUCAUUUCAGCUUUGGGUGGGGGCGGGGCAGGUGACACAAAGGAUUUUUUUAUUGUUGGAAUCUUUUCCAAUUACCAGCUGAAGAUUUGCACUGAAAUACAAUUUGUAUGCCUUCUGCAUUUUUAAAGCCUGCUUCCUGAGUUUAAGCAGCGUGAUAGUGUUCAGAGAACCAGCUCAGCCUGUAACGUGUUUGAAAAGAUAUGUCUGCACUUUGAGGUCCUUUUUGAAUGCCAUUCGCUAGACCUCACAAGCAUUUUGUUUAAUAGCUAUGUUCAAGCGCCUCACAAGUCCACGAUGCUGGAUGGCAUCAGAAACUCAAGACUCUGGGAGAAGCUUGUGGGCUUGCAUUGGGGGAGGGAAGGGAACAAAAUUUGUGUAUUUGUUAAUUUAGAAAUAAGGCAUCUCAGAGAUGCCAUUAUUUUCUGUGUUUUAAUUGUUGUGCCUUUGAGUUAAACUGCAUUUUUUGUCUUUUGGUUGAAAUAUGAAAUGUACUGUCCCGAUAUAAAACAGUAAUUAUUUGACCUUUGCACUGUUUGUCUGGUCCUUUUCAAUCUGACUGCAUAGAAAUGUGGAACUUGCUAGAUUAACUGACACCAGGGUUAGAUGUUACUUUCUAAACUCGAGGUAAACGGAAUCGGCAAGCUAGAUGGGCUUCUCUCUGACCAAAACUGUAACCUUCAGGACCAGCAAACUCAGCCCACGGCAGCUAAUCCCCUUCCCCACACGGCUGAUGGGCAGCACGGUUUGCCAGUCUGUCCUCUCAUUCACUGAUCCACCAGCUUGACUGUUGAGAACUAUACAGUCCUCUUGGUUGUUUUGAGUUUUUUAAGCAAAAUGAAAAACCUUUCUAUUCGGGUUGUUGGGGGGAGGGGAUGAGCAAAGAGAUAAACCCCAGCCUUUAAGAUUUUGACAACUGUACGUAAACAGAUCUGUGUAUAACUAUAGGCACAUGCAUAUUUUUAUGUGAAAAUUGAUUUUAAAAAACUGAAAGGAAAUCUCAACUACAUUCUUACGGAAACCAUUGCAAUGCAAAUGGGGAAUAAGAGUGUGUCGUCCAGUUUCGUUUUAUGCUGUGAGGAGGUAGAUGUGUAUGCUUCUGUUAGCAUCCAGGAAACACAACUGCCCGUGCCUUCUGGCUUAGGACGGCGGCAGAGCCCCCGGGCAUUUUGUGUGUUUUCUGUUGCUAAGCAGGGAUGCGAAGCCUUCAAGGUGCUGACAGCGACUGCUGGCACCUUCCUCUAGUGACUGGUUCAGGACCUGGAUUCUUCUCCCUGUCAACCCAAGACUAGAAUAAUUUCAGUUUCCAUUCAAAAUUGAAUACUUAAGUCUAAGCAGGUCCUGACCCUGCAGUUGGCCACGUGAGUGUUUUUUGGUGUGUUUUUUUAAGGUGGCCAUUUUCCUUUAACCUCUACUUUUUUAAAAAAGAAACAAAGGAACCUUACCUGGGUUCCCAAUGGGCCUCUCUUCUUCAUCCCUCACGUGGCCAAGAGCAAAUCCUAGGGUGUGGGGAGAAAAAAAAGUGUAAACUAGGUAGGAUUCUGAUGUUCAAAAUGACUAGCAAUAUUUGGGGGCUUGCUAAUGGAUUUUUGUGGGUUUUUUUUCUUCUUGCCUCUCCCCAUCAUUUAAAGAGAAAACUUAUUUUUGCAAAGAAUAUACAUACACAUUAUCAUUUAGAUUUCUAUACCAUAAGGUAUUGGCAAGAAUAUCGCUUUCAUUGUGCUUUAUAAUCUAUUUCCCCAAUUCUCCGUCCUUGUUUUCCCAAGUGGUUUUUUUUUUUUGUCUUCCCCUUUACCUGCCCUGGCACCAGGAAGCCAAAGGCUGCAAGGCAUUUCCUGCAUGGCAAUCUAUUAUUUUUUCUAUGUCUAACUCUUGGAUGCAGUAUGUUUAGGUAGCUGGCUACUCAUGAUUUUAAAAAUUCUUCUGGGAGAAGAUGACCCAAAGGCCCUGUUAGAUGAGUUGGUAUUUCUCAUUCUACUUGAUCAGAUCUCUUUGUUUUUGAAGAUACCUGGGGGUUGUGGGGAGGGCUGCAAUAUGUGAUUUAUCAUGAUUUUUCAUUAAUAUUACAUGGGCGAUUUUCUUACAUUCUUCUGAAAGAAGAAAUAAUUGCCUGGCACUGCUACUCAGCUAUUGAAUGGCUGAAGAAAUCGAGUAUCUUUGUCUUUACACAAAAAUCAUAAAAUGAGAAUUAGUAAGACACCCAAUUCUAACGUUGAUCCAGAUCUUUUAUUUUGAUUUCUUAUUCUCUCUAGAGGGCUGGGGGGAGGAGGGGGCAUUCUUGAUUUUACCAAACUUGCCUUCCCCCUUGUCCCUAGACUUGGUGCUCUGGGAAUGUUGCUGUUAACCAUCAAGUGUUGGGGGCCAUUUUCCUCAUGGUAAACACACACUAAACAGGGAGAUGACAGUAUGCAAUUCUGUUUCCAGAUGUUUCUUUAUGUAAAUACGACGCCAAUGUAAAUCCUGUGUCAAGACAUAGAGAAUGGUGCUUUUUAUUACAGUUAGCACAUGCGUUUUUAGAAGGACUACAUGUUUUAGAGAACCUUUGCUGUGUAUAUGUAAACGUCUGUAUUGUUCAACCAUUAAAAAUAAUAAAUUAUUUCAUUAUUAAAGAAA